UCGCUGCGGAAGUUGCUCUACGUAGGUACAACUGCAAGUGUUUCGCUCAUCUGAAUCUCGCCAAUCAUUCCCUGAAGAAGGAUAGAAGCUCAGCAUGCCAGCAAAUCGAUUUGAACCGUCCUCUAUCAAAAACAAGGUGAAGCGGGAAGAGGUUGCGCGGAGACACAAGAAGCAAAAGAGACAGGACAAACUUCAGCGCAGACUUGCGUUGGCCAAGGCCGAGGCGAACGAUCCGGUGGCGAAGAAGAGACGACGAGAGCAGAAUGUUCCUCGGACGCUGGACAACACCCGUGAAUUCGACCCUUCCAUCCUGACGGCGGACCCCUCUGCAUCUACUUCAGCUGCAAUUCAACCCGAGGCCUCCACAUCGUCUGUUCCUGCGGAGCACGGUCAAGCGCAUCCUCCAGAACAGCAGCCGCAAGACGAAUCGGCUGCCGACCUCGCCAACGACCCCUUCGCGGCGUACUUCUCUGGUGCCGCCGAUCCAAGCGUGCCGCCCAAAGUUCUGAUCACAACGUCACCAAAAGCUACCCGAGUCACGUACGAUUUCUGCAAUGAGCUUGUGAACGUGUUUCCCGGUGCGGAGUUCAUCCGCCGUAAAAAGGGCAAGGGCUUCGAGAUGGGCAGGAUCGCGGGCUGGGCUGCAAAUCGGGAGUACAGCCAUCUCAUGGUUGUAAAUGAGGACAUGAAGAAACCAAAUGCUAUCACAGUAGUAUAUCUACCUGAGGGACCCACAGCCUACUUCAAAUUGACAUCUAUCGAGAUGCCGAAGAAGAUUCAUGGACACGCCCGGCCGACCGAUCACUUCCCAGAACUUGUUCUGAAUGGUUUUGUCACCCGUCUCGGGCAUACCGUCGGGCGUCUUUUCCAAACACUCUUCCCUCCCAUGCCCGAGUUCCAAGGCAGACAGGUCGUUACACUGCACAAUCAGCGAGAUUUCUUGUUCUUCCGACGGCACCGAUACGCGUUCCGAUCGACGGAGAAAGUCGCUCUACAAGAAAUCGGCCCGCGCUUUACUCUCAAGCUGCGUUCUCUACGCAAGGGCCUUCCCGCUGUGAAGAACCUGGGUGAGCCGAGCAAGCCGCUCGAGUUUGACACGUUCCAAGAGGAGAGCACUUCUGCGGAGGAUGUGCAUAUGGCCGAUGUCGAGGGAACAGCGGAGGCACAAGCACAGGAGGGGUCAGACUCGCAGGAUGGACAGCCAUCACAACAGCAGAAAAACCCGAAGAAGGUGCUGCCUCCGACCGAGGACGAGUACCAAUGGAUAUGGAAGCCGGAGUUGGAGACUACGAGGCGCACGUUUUUCCUGUGACCGGACUCUUUUGCCUUGGCACCAACUCAACCAUAUUCGGCUGAUGAUGUCUGUAGCACCAGGUCUUCUCUGCUUCAUUCUGUACUGUUCUGCGUUCUCUGUCGUCGGUGGUCUGGAAACGUUGAUUGCCUGCCGCACAGGAUGCUGUCCUUGAGUCAACAAUCAUCUUGCUUGGUACAGUGCAUCUUUAACCUCAACACUUCACCAUGAUAGAGCUACAAUGUUUUUGCUGGAAUGGGAAUUGCGAGUCCGGUCGCAGACGUCUCCUGUAAAAAUUUGAAAGUUAACAUC